GUUUUGCUCCUCUCAACCACCUUUCAAUCUUCUUCUAUUUCAAUAAUAAAACAUCAUACCGACAUUUUCAAUUCUCGAAGUUUCCCAAAUCUUUCCAUUUCCAAUCUUUCUGCUAAGAUCCUUCAACCAUUUCUAAAGGUAAUUUCUCUCUGCCUCUGCAACUUCCAACACACUCACCCUCUUCUGGAUUUGCCUUUUCUUCCGAUUCCAUUCAACUUAUCACAACAAUUUAUCCAUUUCUUCAUGUGGGGUUCCAUUUUUUUUCAGUUUUGAAGCUACCCAUUUGCAAUUUUGGUACAUUGGCUUUGUUCUGAGAUAAAUCAUUACAGAAUGAUGAUAGUUUUGUUCUGGGAUUUUAGGGAUUCGUGAUUCUAGGACUUGAUCAAUGCUAGUUUAAGAUAGUUGCUGAAUCUUUAGCUGUUUGUUUCUUUGUUGAUUUGGUAAACAUUGGAUGGCAUUAUGGUUGAUAAGAUGAGUAAUUUGAGUAAAAACAUGGGGUUCAAUAAGAGUGUUUCGUUUGGUAGAAGGGCUUUAAGUUCUGGUAGCCCCAGGGUGAGUCGUGUGGGGUGGAUCUCCCGUUGGUAUCAUGUGUUUAUUGGCAUUGGAUUUCUUGUUUCAUCUCUUGUAGUGAUUACUGCUGGUUAUAUUCAUGUAUUGCCUGCUCUUCCUCUGUCUUCUCAUCAUAAUGAUGUUUCGAAAUCGAGUUAUUCGAAUGGAAGCUGCAAUAUGUAUGAAGGAAACUGGAUCUUGGAUGAUAGCUAUCCACUUUACAAUGCUACAGACUGUCCUUUUGCUGAGAAGGGAUUUGAUUGCUUAGGUAAUGGUAGGGUGGAUCAGAGUUAUCUGAAAUGGAGGUGGAAACCGAUGAAUUGUGAUGUGCCAAAAUUUGAUGUGCAAAAUGUGCUGGAAAUGCUGCGGAGUAAAAGGGUUGUAUUUGUUGGAGAUUCCAUGAGUAGAACACAAUGGGAAUCUUUGAUAUGCUUACUUAUGAGUGGGGUUGAGGAUAAAAGGAGUGUUUAUGAGAUGAAUGGGAAUACGAUUACGAAGCGGAUUAAAUACUUAGGCGUUCGGUUUAGUUCCUUUAACUUCACGGUUGAGUUCUUUCGCUCGGUUUUCCUUGUGCAAGAAGGUCCGAUGCCAAAACAUUCACCUAAGAGGGUGAAGUCUGCCCUUAAACUUGAUGUGUUGGAUAGUAUUAGCAGCCAGUGGAUUGAUUCAGAUGUUCUUGUAUUCAACACUGGACAUUGGUGGGUUCCUGGGAAGUUGUUUGAAAUUGGUUGCUAUUUUCAGGUUGGGAAUUCUCUAAAGCUUGGAAUGUCAAUUCCCACAGCUUUUGAAGUAGCACUUCGCACCUGGGCGUCCUGGAUCGAGGAAAACAUCGACACAAACAGAACCCAUGUUUUCUUUCGUACUUUCGAGCCAUCACAUUGGAAGGACCAUACCUUCAAAUAUUGCAGCGUUACCGACGAACCCGUGAAUGAAACGAGAGGACGGGAGAAAAGCAUAUUUUCUGAUACCAUAUUAGAGGUAGCAAAGAAUAUGAAAGCUCCCAUUAAUGUUUUGCGCAUAACUUCGAUGUCUGCGUUUCGAAGCGAUGCACAUGUCGGUAAAUGGAGCGACAAUCCAUCAGUCCCAGAUUGCAGUCAUUGGUGCCUUCCUGGGGUGCCUGAUGUGUGGAAUCAAAUUUUGGUGUCCUACCUGCUUACUGAAUAUGACAGCGUAGUUCAAAGAACGGUUGUGAUGUUGUGUAGAGAUAUCACUUGGUGGCGUCUGCGUUGAAUCAAACAAGAAAUCUUUAACAUCGUGUGUACCAUUUACAACAAAGAGCCCUUGUAGCCUCCAGGUGAUGUAGUCGAGUUAUGACUGGUUGCUGCAGAAUUUGUUGAAGGGUGCUAUGACUGUCACGAUUAUACAUUUUUAAUUGUACGGUGUUGUGAUCUCGACAUGCUUAUGACUAGACUUGGGGAACCCAAGCCCCAUAUACAUUUUUCGCUAGCUUUGUGGCUUUGUUGGAUUUUAGACGAGGUUUGUCUUUGUCCACUGAACAUAACUUGUGC